CAACAGAUUUCUAGGACAGACCUUAUGUGGUAUUGAUGUGGAGUCUACGGCUAAAAAGCGCAGGUUUGGGAGCAGUUUUACAGUGCACUGAUUCUGCAUGCUUUUGGUUUCAGUGCUCUCUGACAAGUUAGUGCCUUCUUAUGCUCUCAGCUUUUUACCUCAUUGGUAAUGAACAGAGGAAGUGGACUGGAUCAGAUCAAAUCAAGCUGAAGUCUGUGCUGUUCUUGCAGUUGCUGUUCCUGGAGGAUCUGAUCGCUGCAUUCUUAACUGUACGGGAGUGUGGCUGUUCUGGUCGGAGGCUGCUUCUGGCAGGGGUGCACCUGAGUUAUCACAAGUGUCUGUGCAUCUUGAGUGAAACCUGUAACAGAGAUGGAUACUGAAGGCUUUGGAGAGCUUCUCCAGCAGGCAGAGCAGCUUGCAGCUGAGACAGAAGGUAUCUCUGAGCUCCCUCACGUAGAACGGAACCUGCAGGAGAUCCAGCAGGCUGGAGAGCGCCUGCGUUCCCGCACACUGACCCGUACUUCCCAGGAGACUGCAGAUGUUAAGGCGUCUGUUCUUCUCGGGUCUAGGGGGCUUGAUAUAUCUCACAUUUCUCAGCGACUAGAGAGUUUAAGUGCAGCCACUACAUUUGAGCCUCUCGAACCUGUGAAGGACACUGACAUCCAGGGAUUCCUGAAGAAUGAAAAAGAUAAUGCAUUGCUGUCAGCCAUUGAAGAGUCUAGGAAGAGGACUUUUGCUAUGGCUGAGGAGUAUCAUCGAGAAUCGAUGCUGGUUGAAUGGGAACAGGUGAAACAAAGGAUUCUUCAUACUCUGCUUGCAUCAGGGGAAGAUGCUCUCGAUUUCACCCAGGAAAACGAGCCUAGCUAUGUUGGUGAGUUGGGUCCUCCAGGUCGCAGCUCUCUGGACAACGUGGAGAUGGCAUAUGCUCGUCAGAUUUAUAUUUAUAAUGAGAAGAUAGUGAAUGGACAUCUGCAGCCUAACCUGGUGGACCUUUGCGCUGCUGUUGCAGAACUGGAUGAUAAGAACAUCCCUGAGAUGUGGGCCAUGGUGAAACAAAUGACUGAUGUUACCCUGGUUCCUGCUAGCGAUGCCUUGAAAGUCCGGACCAACAUGGAGGUGCGUAUGGAGUUCGUGAGGCAGGCUCUGCACUACCUAGAACAAAGUUACAAAAACUACACCUUUGUGACAGUCUUUGGAAACUUGCACCAGGCUCAGCUGGGUGGAGUCCCAGGGACCUACCAACUAGUCCGCAGCUUCUUGAACAUCAAACUUCCCGCGCCUGUCCCUGGUCUCCAGGAUGGUGAGGUGGAAGGCCAUCCUGUCUGGGCGCUGAUUUAUUACUGCAUGCGCUGUGGAGAUUUGACUGCAGCCAUGCACGUGGUGAAACGGGCGCAGCACCAGCUGGGAGAGUUUAAAACCUGGUUCCAGGAGUACAUGCACAGUAAAGACAAGAGACUGUCUCCUGCUACAGAAAAUAAACUGCGUCUUCAUUACAGACGAGCUCUGAGAAAUAAUACUGACCCGUACAAAAGGGCCGUUUAUUGUAUUAUUGGCCGUUGUGACAUUACAGAUAACCAGAGUGAAGUUGCUGACAAAACAGAAGAUUAUCUCUGGCUAAAACUGAACCAAGUAUGUUUUGAUGAUGAUGGUGCAAGUUCUCCACAAGACCGACUAACAUUAUCACAGUUCCAGAAGCAGCUACUAGAAGACUAUGGUGAAUCCCAUUUUGCAGUGAACCAGCAGCCUUUCCUCUACUUCCAAGUAUUGUUCUUGACAGCACAGUUUGAAGCUGCAAUCGCUUUUCUCUUCCGGACAGAGCGCUUGCGUUGUCAUGCUGUUCAUGUUGCGUUGGUCCUGUUUGAGUUAAAAUUGCUCCUGAAAUCAUCUGGGCAGAGUGCACAGCUGUUAAGCCAUGAAGCUGGUGACCCUCCUGGCGUUAGGCGUCUAAAUUUUGUGCGGCUUUUAAUGCUUUACACCCGUAAGUUUGAAUCGACCGAUCCAAGGGAAGCUCUGCAGUAUUUUUACUUUCUCAGGAAUGAGAAGGACAGCCAAGGAGAGAAUAUGUUCUUGCGUUGCGUUGGUGAACUAGUAAUUGAAAGCAGAGAGUUUGAUAUGAUUCUUGGAAAGCUGGAAAACGAUGGUAGUAGGAAGCCUGGAGUGAUAGACAAGUUUACAAGUGACACAAAACCCAUUAUUAACAAAGUGGCUUCUGCAGCAGAAAAUAAAGGAUUGUUUGAAGAAGCGGCAAAACUCUAUGACCUUGCAAAGAACCCUGACAAAGUUUUAGAACUGAUGAACAAGCUCCUCAGUCCCGUCGUUCCCCAGAUCGGCACUCCCCAGUCGAACAAAGAGCGGUUGAAGAACAUGGCCCAUUCCAUUGCUGAGAGGUACAAAGCUCAGGGGAUAAGUGCAAAGAAAUCCGUUGACUCCACGUUCUACCUUCUGCUAGACUUAAUCACGUUUUUUGAUGAAUAUCACGCCGGUCACAUUGACAGGGCCUUUGAUAUUAUUGAACGCCUAAAGCUUGUACCUCUUAGCCAAGAUUGCGUAGAGGAGAGAGUUGCUGCCUUCCGGAAUUUCAGUGAUGAAAUCAGGCACAAUUUAUCUGAGGUCCUGCUUGCAACCAUGAAUAUUUUAUUCACCCAGUAUAAGAGGAUGAAAGGCACAAGCCCAGCCACUCCUGCCAGACCCCAGCGGGUAAUGGAAGACAGAGAUUCGCAACUUCGAUCUCAAGCCCGUGCGCUGAUAACGUUUGCCGGAAUGAUCCCGUACAGAACAUCGGGAGACACGAACGCAAGACUGGUGCAAAUGGAGGUCCUUAUGAAUUAGCAGAGAAGCUUUUGCUUAGGGUCGCAGCAACCCGUGCCUGUCUUUAGUACGUUCAGAGGGUGGGACCAGUAUCGUUUUGUAUUCCUGUAUUUUUGUUGAUGGAAAUAAAUUUCUUUGAUUUCUA